AUGGGGGACAAGGCAACACUGGCAAAGGCAAGAAUGGAGCUUGAAGACAUGUAUCAAGGGAUACCAGAUGAGUCAGUCAACCUCACUUUCCAAGACUUUGCAGAGCUCAAACUAAACCGAAUCGCAUCAUCCGAAAAGAAAAAACCAAACCCAAUAUUAUCGGAAUCCAUUUCUGAGCUCAAAUAUACCACACAACCCUCCUCCCCCUCUCCUUUAACCAAACUCCCAAGCCUUGAUUUCAACAGAGCCCUGCAGGCGUCCAGCAUUAACCACAGCCACCACCAUGUUGGCCAUGCAGGUCCAUAUAGAGGUCAUGUCAAUCAUCAUCUUGAUCAUCACCAGAAGAACAGCCAUCAUGACCUCGGACAUGAUCAUGGCAUGCACCAUGGCCAUGCAUCGCGAGGGAGUCAUGGCCAUAGCCAUAAUCAAGGUCAUGGUCAUGAUGGCCAUGCCAUGAAUAAUCAUCAUAUGAAUAGUCCAGCUGGCCCGACAUGUCAUGCCGGCGGCGGAUUGAGGCAUGGGUUGGAGACUAGCUUGGGUGCUUAUGAUCAUGAUGUGAGUGGUAUAAGCAUGGCUUCCGGCGUGUAUAACCAGCAGAAAGACAGAGGAGGACGAAGGAGGCCUGGAAUUCCCCACUCGAAUAUCUGCACUCUUUGCAGCACCUACAUCUAUAUUUUCCGCCACCGUUGCUUGGUCUGUGGAAGAGUGUAUUGUAGACAAUGUGUGAUGUUCGGGAUGGGAGAAAUGACGGAAGGUAGAAAAUGCGUUGAAUGCUUAGGGAGGCGAUUCAGUCAAAGGUACAUACAAAGAGCAGGAAAGGUUGGAUGUUUUUCAAGGUAUCCCUUCAUUGUGAAGCAAGCUGAGCUGAAAUGGGCUGAGAAAGGGCCAAGAAGGAGCGGCGGCAACAAUGGGAGCACGAUGAUGCCACCGAGAUCACGAAGUCCCAUGACCCCGGUGACUCCACGGACCCUAAACACAGCGCAUAAUACUAGCAGUAGCCCAAAUUCUUUUGUCAUGAAUAGUUCAUCCUAUUCUCCUUAUUCACCAACUCACCGUCACCACCUCCCCUUUUAG